CCAUGAAGCCGUCAGCUUCACCCGACUAUUCGAGCUCGUCCCCAUGGAAAGGUCGGCAAACCCUCCAAGUCCACAGGACAUACAAGGCUUUGUGUGACUUGCGCACCUCCACGACAGCCUUGUUUCACGCCCAGGCUCCCUAACAUUCGUGGGCAACCCUGCCGAUCGGUAUCCUCCCUGACGAUGGCCAGCCUACUGCGACCACGCAGAUCUAUGAAAGAUCUGGACGACAAAAUUCUCAUAGAUCUGGCGAGUGCAAUGCAGAACAAAGCUACACCGUCGGAGACGUUUAUUGCGCGAGAAAGCCUUGCAGCUAUUUGGAGCCAGGAGAUACUUAAGGACUUCAUCCGCCUCAAAAAGCCAGGGUUCCGCGAUGACGACAUCGAGGUGAUUCGGGAAGACUUUCUACAGAUAAUUUCGCUUCUCUGUUACAUAGGGUGGCCGAAUUGGGCAUAUUUUGGAAGAAUAUUUCUUGCGCACUACGGCCUCGAUGGAAGGAGAGACCGUACAGAUGCAAAAAUCGGAAAGUUCCAACUCGGCGAUCUGGAAAGCGACGCCUUUUUGGGCCGCCCAUGGGCACACAAGUUCCUCUCGGACCAAUAUAUCUUUUCCCCAAUCGUCUUGAGAGAGGGAGAGAGUCUGGAUUUCAGUAGGGAAUGGAGAUUGCCCUUCAUCAAUGAGGAGUCUAAUGAAAUACGCCAAGGAGGGUAUGGGAGCGUCACCGAAGAAACUAUCCCAAGAGGCUACUAUCGAGGGCCGCAUGGUAUUCUAUCAAAUACGCCUGUCCGAAUCGCCCGGAAGCGCUUCGCUAUCGGCCAGUAUUUCCGGUUCGAAGUGAAGAAUCUCAAACAGCUUCGCUCAGCCCUGGCACAUCACGAUCGUAUACUUCCCUAUCUCGCUACGGUAACGGUCGGUUGCGAUUUCAACAUAAUUUCACCUUUAGCCGAUAUGGAUCUAGAAGGGUUUCUCAGUGGUGAACAGGGCAGAUAUCCGAAUGACCGUUGCUUCACAAUGAAGGACCUGGUGACCGAGGCAGCCAAUGUGGCCGAUGCUCUGAACUUUUUACACGAGGACCUUCGCUCCGAGGAGCUAGGAUUAACGUGUUGCCAUCGGGAUCUUAAACCGGCGAACAUUCUCGUCUUUUUUGAAGGGAACAUGUUACCGGUAGGAAAAUGGAAAAUAACCGAUUUUGGAAUCUCCAGUAUCAGGCAAACAGAAAGCACAAAUCCCUCUAUCAGGCACACUUCGGUGCCACUUCUGGGACCAUACCAAGCUCCAGAGGUAUGCAGUGGCCGAGAGUCUGGACGCAGGAGCGAUGUCUGGUCAUUUGGAUGUAUCCUUGCCCGGGUCCUAGCACUAGGACUUCAAGGCCGACACGGGUUGAGAGAUCUGGAUAUGAGGAGGGGGAAGUCUGCCGAUGGAAUGUCAGAUUACGAUCAUGAUUAUUUCCACCGUGAAGUUCCUGCUGUUCUCAACCCACAUAUCCAGGCCUGGGUGCGCUCCUUCUCGAUGUCCUUGCACUCGAUAUAAACAAGCGACCGUAUGCGAGAACAGUCUGCACGAGGUUAACGAAACUCCAAAGCCUCGCACAGUCAAGGAGUGAGACAUUGUCGCCCGAGCUACGCGGUACACCUUCAUUAUCGACACUUUCUGGGACGGCUGUUAGCAUGUCUGAUGACCAUCGCGAUUCGACUAGUACAUCAUCUACCAGCCCCGGACUCGGGCAGUUUCUCAUACAGGCAAUCAGAGAACAGAACAUAACGCAAAUGAGAGCACUUCUGGAAGCCAGAGCAG